AUGAGUUCUGAUAUAUCUGAGACGGACACUGGUAACACGAAGAACCAAAAUCCAUUAUGUUUCCCCAAUGAUUCCAAGGAAAAGGCAGGGGAGUUGGGGCAAAAUUCCCUUCCUCCUGCGUUACAUGCAGAAAGUUCAACUGCUCCUGUUGAGGGAGGUGCGCAUGGCGGACCUGGUACAAAUAUGGUGUCCGUCCUUGGGGUGUUCCAGUACGCGACGCGGAGGGAUGUGGUGCUGAUGAUUGUGGGAAUUGUGAUGGCAAUUGCGGUUGGUGGAGCGGCGCCUGCUUUUUCUUUUAUUUUUGGACGGAUGAUGAACGACCUUCUUUCGCAGAGUAACCCGGAGGAAUCGACGGCAAAAAGUGCACUGAUCAUGCUGUAUGUUGGAUUGGGUGUUCUUGUAGGUACAGCACUCUAUGUGGCUUGCUGGAUGAUUGCCGCAACGCGUCAGGUCGCCACUAUUCGCACAAAAUACUUUGCAUCUGUCCUUCGACAGGAUAUCGGAUGGCAUGAUGCGCACAGCCCUGGCUUUCUAACGGCCCGAAUGACAGGAGAUACACUUGUCUUACAGAACGGCAUCAACGACAAGCUGGGCCUGGGUAUCGUGAACAUGUCAAUGGGCAUACUGGGUUUUGUGUUUGGCUUCGUGUUUUCUUGGGAACUUACACUGGUUAUGCUUGGAUUGAUGCCGCUAAUCGCACUUAUGGGAAGUAUCAUGGGAAACAUCAUGGCGAAGAUGUCGAACGCAUCUCGUGAGCACUUCGCAGCGGCUGGGUCGCUUGCCACUGAGGUCAUGGAGAAUGUGCGGACGGUGCAGACGUUCGGUAGGGAGGAGUAUGAGGUUGAGCGUUUUCACGCCGCCGUACUGAGCGCGCAGAAAGCUGGCAUCAAGAAAGAACUGACCACCUCGCUUGCUGCCGGUGCCACCAUGGCUACCAUGUUCAUCACUUACACGAUCGCCUUUUUCUUCGCAUCCUACCUUGUGGAGUGGGGCCGGCGCAAUGUGGGUGAUAUUGUGUCAUGUUUCCUAUCGGUUCUGCUCGGCAGCUUUGGUAUCGGGUUUGUGUCGCCCUCACUUUCCGCAUUCUCGGAGUCGCGCGCAGCAGCACAUCACCUCUUUGAAACUAUUAACCGCACGCCGGAAAUCGACGUGGACGCCGAUGGAGAGCCUGUGCAGGGGCUUCAGAAAUCCAUCGAGUUCCGACACGUCAAGUUCACGUAUCCAACGCGCCGAAGCAUGACGCUCUUCACAGACCUUUCUUUCGAGAUCAAGCAGGGGCAGAAGGUGGCGUUCUCUGGGGCUUCGGGGUGCGGGAAGUCGUCCAUCAUUUCACUCCUUCAGCGGUUCUACGACCCCGUCGAUGGUGAAGUGCUUGUGGACGGUGUUGACAUGCGUAAACUGUCGCUAAAGCAGUGGCGUGACCAGAUUGGUAUUGUGUCACAGGAACCGAACCUCUUCGCUGGCACGAUGAUGGAAAACGUCCGUAUUGGAAAGGAAGACGCGACGGAGGAGGAGGUGAUUGAGGCGUGCAAGAAGGCGAACAUCCACGAUACCAUCAUGGGUCUUCCAGACAAGUACGACACGCCUGUUGGGGCUGUCGGAUCGCAGUUAAGUGGUGGCCAGAAGCAGCGCCUUGCGAUUGCGCGGGCAAUUGUGAGGCGUCCCGCCAUUUUGCUUCUUGAUGAGGCCACUAGUGCCCUUGAUAGGAAGUCGGAAGUGGAGGUCCAGGCAGCUCUUGAUAGUCUUAUGGAUCAUGGAGACAUGACAGUAGUCAUCGUUGCGCACCGCCUGGCUACAAUCCGGAACGUAGACCGUAUCUACUACUUCACCUACGAUGGUGUAAAGGGUAGUGAGAUUGCGGAGUCUGGAUCAUUCGAUGAGCUAAUGAAGUUGAACGGCAAGUUCGCCGUGAUGGCCAUGACUCAGGGCGUGGCGUCGGUCGUUUCCUCGACGACAAAAAAAAAGCCAGCCGAGGAAGUCCUCGACGGCGGCGUCUCCACAUACCUUGAUGAUGAGGAACUGGCAAAGCUGGAUGAGGAGGUACCGCGGACUGAACGUCAGAAGGUGCCCUAUGAGGAACUGGCAGAGUGGGAGGUGAAGCGCACAAAGGUACCCUUGAGUCGUCUCAUGAGACUUGCAAAGGAGCAUUUGUUCUACGUCGCCCUGGGUAUUGUGGGCUCCGCCUUGACAGGAGCGUCGGCCCCUGCCAACGGUAUUCUUUUUGGGAAGAUCCUCGGGGUUCUUGGAGAGUAUGGCGUCGACCAUGAUGUAGGCGCCUUGCGAAGUGGCACAAACCUCUACGCCCCUUUAUUCCUUGUAAUGGCUGCUGGAACUUUUAUCGGCUGGGCGUUGCAGUCGUUCUAUGGGUUUGCAGGCGAACGUCUGACGACACAGCUACGCGUUAUGCUGUUCCGUCAGAUACUGCGGCAGGACAUGAGUUUCUUCGAUAUCCCUGGCCGUGAUGCUGGAACGCUUUCAGGGAUGCUCUCUGGUGACUGCGAGGCCGUUCACCAGCUUCUCGGCCCAUCAAUUGGACUCAAAGUGCAGACGUUCUUUACAAUUGCAGUGGGUCUUGUAAUCGGAUUCAUCUACCAGUGGAAAUUGGCGUUUGUGGCCUUGGCGUGCCUUCCUGUUGUGGCUGUAGGUAAUGCGGUUCAGCAAUUAAUAGCCAUGGGGUAUACGCAAAAGAAGGGAGACAAAUCCGACGCCCUCGUCACUGAGGCUCUCUCUAAUGUGCGCACCGUCACCUCCUUCAACCUGAAGGAUGGCCGCAUCGCUCUGUACCUUGACAUCGUGAAUCACACGGUACCAAAGGAGACUAAGUUAUCCGCUUUGAUUGGCCUGGCUGUAGGCAUCAGUCAGUUCGUCUUCUACGGUGCUUUCGCAUUAUGCUUUUGGUACGGUGGCAAACUUAUAGAAGCAGGUGAGGCAACGUUCGAGAAGGUUGUGAUUGCUGCAAUGGCAGUUCUGAUGGGUGCUAUGGGUGCGGGUGAGGCCGGCGGCUUCGCAUCGAAGAUGGCACAUGCUCAGGAGUCAGCGAAGCGUGUGUUCAGCGUGAUUGACCGCGUUCCGGACAUCGACGUACGAGUCGAGGGGGACAAGGAUAUGGGGAAUGGAUGUGAUAUUGUUUUCCGCAAGGUUAAGUUCAUUUACCCCGCUCGUCCGAAGCAGCUUGUGCUCGCCUCCGUAGACCUCAACUUCCGGGACGGCACCUCUAACGGCCUCAUGGGGCAGACGGGCUGCGGGAAGUCUACUAUCAUUCAGAUGUUGGCACGUUUCUACGACAGCCGAAGCGGCGCUAUCACUGUAAACGGCAAGGAUAUCCGCACCCUAGACAUCACGACGUGGCGGAAGAAUAUCAGCAUUGUGUUGCAGGAGCCAGACCUCUUCAGUGGAACCGUACAGGACAACAUCCGUUAUUGCUCUCCGGAUGCUACGGAUGAGGAGGUGGAGAGGGCCGCCCGCUUGGCGUCCAUACACGAUGAAAUCAUGGGAUGGCCGGAGGGGUACAAGACUGAUGUGGGCUACAAGGGUCGUGCCCUCAGUGGAGGGCAGAAGCAACGCGUGGCGAUUGCACGUGGUUUUCUUCGCAACGCUCAGUUAAUCCUGUUGGAUGAAGCCACCAGUGCACUUGACAACGUGACAGAGGCGCGGGUGCAGCAGGGUAUCAACGAAUACCAGAAGGAACACCAUGUUACUAUUAUCAGCAUUGCCCACCGUCUGACAACUAUUCGCCAUUGUGAUCAAAUCACACUUCUCGACAGUGGUCGCAUUCUCGAGUCCGGGAGCCACGAGGAACUCAUUGCUCUUAAUGGUGAGUAUAAGGUGCGAUGGGAGCUUUACGCAAAUGCCUCAAAGUAG